UAACACGCUAGCACGCGCACACAUCAAUAGAUUGUGUGACAUUCUAGACUCUAUGUGCCACGUGUUUGAAUCGCUAGACUGUGCUAGGGUUGAGCACAUUAACUAAAUAAAAACUCCGUCCAGAAUACAUAGUAUGUACAUCUAUUUAAAUAUCAAAGAUUAACCAAAAUACAUGUUAAAUAACAAAUUAGUCGUAGUUUACUUGUGUAAAUGUGAUUUUUUUUUUCAUCAAGGGAGACAAUUUUUAAAAACUGCAGACGACAGACUAAAAUUGCUAAGGAGUUAAUUUCUAAAUGUCAAUGUAUCCAGGUAACUUGAAAAAACUUUUGGGGUUUUAUUUCUUACAAUGUUAAAGGUGUAUUAUUAGUGAAGAAGCAGCCGUUUUACAUCGUAUUUGUGUUAAAGUGUGACAAAUAUAUCAUUGGAAAUGAACGUUUUUGUCCAAUGUUUGUACUUCUCGUUCGUGUGUGUCUGUGCCGGCUACCUCAAAGAUGACCGCUUCAUGGCAGACGUGAAUUUGGAGCAGUAUUACAUCAUCGAAGAGAACGCCCUCAGCAACGCAGACAUCUUGCUCAGAGAGGAUUAUUUCGCAGCAGACGAGGAAGAAGAUCAGAAGGAGCAUUUGCGACACGCCCCAAACUUAACAAAUUUUAAGAGUGUUGUAGACGAAACCAAAUUAGUGCAUAGUUUGGCAGGGCCUAACCUAGACAGCUUUUUGGCCAAUCCAGUCAACUUCUACCAUUUGAUUCGUCGCCUUGACAACGGAUGGCGCGAGGGAUUAGACAUACUGCUUCAAACAAAACCCUGCAGGCAGUGGAAUCUGCGCUCAAUUUCCGCUCGUCUGCGCUAUUUGAAAAACAGCCUGCCCGGUGAACGUGAACUGAUCAGAAUUGUAAAGUACAUUGCGUCACUGCAAACUCUGUACAAACUGAAAGCAGAAGACAUCGCAGACGGGAAAGUAGGCGACGUUGUAUCAGUCAAGCCCUUAACUUUGGAAGAACAGUUUCAGAUCAUUCAGGUACUGCAUGAUCUAGAAUACACAUUGAUCUCCCUGGAGUGGCUGGAACAGCUUUACAAAAGGUUGAUGAACUUAGGUGUUACACAAAGAGAUGAACUGCCAUUUGCCGUCACUGAUGUGUUGAACUUGAUGGCAUCUGAAAAUUAUCAAUUGAACAAUUUUGAAAAGGCCAAAACAUUUACAGAGAAAAUUCUGGAACUAGAUCCUGACAACGCAUUGGCAAAAAACAAUUUGAUUUUUUUUCAACAAAAGUUAGACUCCCUGAAAGACUCAGAUGAUAAAGUUAAGAAUAAGAAAAGUAGCAGCAGACAAUUGUCUGCUUCUGAACGACUUUGUGCAAGGAGAUCAACCAAAAAGCUGUUAAGAAAAUACUGCAAGUUUCUACAAUAUGGAUUCCUUUUUUACAAAGUGGAAAUCAUCCGUAAGAAGCCAUACAUAGUUAUCUUUCAUGAUGUUAUACGUAACGAAACGAUCACUGGACUGAAGACGUUCGCUCACGAAACUUUAACAGAUAACGCCUGGGUGCUGGGAGAAAGGUACAAAGCGCCAACAUUUAAUGUGGAAGUGAAGACAGAGAUGCUGUUGAGAAACCGAGCUAGAAGACACGUCAAGAGGCUGAUUAGAUAUCUGGAUUCCCUCAUGUUGGCAGACGACAGGAAGCCUAUACUGAUUGAUAACUUACAGUUGAUGAAUAUUGGCUUAGAAGGAACAGACAUCAUAAGACAUAGAAUUGAAUUACGUUUGCAUUCCAUGUUUGUGGAUGGCAAGAUGACCAGCGUUGGCGGCUACUUUGUCUUUCUCAAUCAAGUUAAAACAGGUGGAGAAGUGAUAUUUCCACAACUGGGCAUCAAGAUCCAUCCAACUGUGGGCAGUGUAUUGUUCUACGAAAUCACUAAGUCUACCUAUCACAGUUUUUGUCCAGUUGUUGGCAGUACCCUAUGGGUGGCAUUAAGACCAGUCCACGAGAGCAAAGAUUUUUGUGUUGAUGAAGAUGAAUGGCUGUGAGCUUCACUUGACGAACAAAUAGUUUUUACUUUAAUGAAUGUUCUUUUUGAUUGUCAUGUUUGAUAGUAUGUAGCUUAGUUUUAAUCACAUGUAUACAAAUAUCUGUCCCUGAUGCACUAUUAAAAACCUGUUUCUGCUU